AAUUAUUGACCUGAGCAGUACAGAUCCUUGUUCCAAAUAGGUCUUUUAAUUGCAUUGAAUCUAGGUGUUCAUUGACGUUUAAAGACCUGGUUGGAACAGGUACUGCACUGGAAUGGACUAAAAGAGCCACAUGUGUUAUGAAGACUGCAGUGGUUGGGAGAUGAUGGAGGUGGAGUCUGCUUAUUCAGAUUUCAUUUCCAGCGAUCGGGCUGGUCGCAGGAACGCAGUGCCUGAUAUCGAGGUGGAGGGCUCGGUGGUGGGGACUAGCGAGGUCACCAAAGAUCUGGCACAGAUGGAGCUGAAGACGCAAGAAGGGGAAGGAACAGCAGCCUCACAAGUUCCUGGCAGUAAUUUGACAGAGCAGCAGGAGGGACAAGAUGGAGGCAAGCCUUCUUAAUUAUUAUUCCUCAUAGAAAGUAAAUACUUCUUUACCAGCCGACUUGCUGUCCAGGGCUCUCUCUCCAGAGAAGGACUCAAACAGCACAAUAUAAGACUGUUUCACAGAGGGACCUUAUCCAGCGGGGUCUCUUGGGUAAAGUUGAAGUUUCCCAUGUUGGAAGAUAACAAAAAAACAUACUGAAGUUUUUUUAAUGUUUACUUUACAUUUCGCAUCAAGAAGCUCCACUUCCGGGAUCGUGCCUUGACACUAGACCUGCAUUAACGCACAGAGAGAGGACCAACAUUUUAGGCAGAUUUUUUUCCAUUUAAAAAAAAAAAAAAAAGAUAUGCUGUUUUUGUUUGUUUUUGUUUUGUUUUUUCUCUUGUUUCACCUUGGUAACUGCCUUUUAAAUUCAUGAAUAUUCUGUGUGUGUUACUAUAGUUUAGGGGAAGAAAUAUUUGUUUCGGAAAAGCAUACGCUGUAAUGUUUUGAAAUGCUAUAUUUUAUUUCUGAAAUGAAAUAUACCAAACAAUGUAUUUGAAAAAAAACUAAAGAAACUGUUUUGUGUGAUUCUUGUCACGUGGAAGUUCAGUAUUAUCCUGUGGUACCUUCCUGCACCUGGAAUUCAUGCAUUCACACACACUCAAAGCAUUAAACACAACAGGUCCAGUUAACAAACUGUUAUAUGAAUACACUACAUAGAGGGUACUCCAUGAACGCACGUGGAGCACUGUAGCUAUUCCACAAAUGAAGAAGACUGAAUAACCCACAGUGGGGGUGUGUACAGCAAACCUUGUGAGCGAAAUAAACAUUCAACACAGGAUUAACAUUCGUGGAGUAUUCUGUUUAUAAAACAAGUGCAGCUGUGGCCAAAAGUUUUGCA